GUCACAUACAAACCUUCCUCGCUCUUUCUCACCUUCUCUUUAAAUAUCUGCCCUCUAUAGCCUCUAAAAUGGCAGACAUCCUCACCCAAAUCCAAGACGAACUUGAUAUGCUCCUCCACCAAAUGUCCUCUGUCCUCAACGUAAUUAAAGACCGGGCCCCGUCCGCCCCAAUCGCCGGCCAACCCCUUCUCCCCUCCUUCACCGAACACGACGCCCAACUCCAAACACAAACCACCUCCGCCUCCAACCAAACGCAAACCACAACUCAGCAAUCUGGAUCCACACAAGCCACCUCCGCAUCAACACAAUCCCGGCAGCCCUUCGUCGACGAUUUGAAGGAGCUGUCGAGAGAUUUGGUGUUGAAGGAACAGCAGAUUGAGCUGUUAAUAAGUCGGCUACCGGGAAUUGGGACGAGCGAAAAGGAGCAGAUGGAGAGGAUGAAGGAACUGGAAAGGCAGCUUGAGGAGAUUGAGAGCGAGAGAGUGGAGGCGGUUAAAGAGAAGGCGGCGGUACUGGAUACGAUCGAGGCUUUGAUUGGUGGGGUUGGGGCAAUGAGAUAAUAGGGGGGACUGUACUAGGAGAAGCAUUGGGCGCAUAUGAAAGAGGAGCUAGAUUUCCUUGCAAACUUUCAUGGGCUAAGCGAUUUGUAAAUGCACUCCGCAGGAAAUAGCAGUUCUUCAGUCAGCUUAAUAUGGAGUGCCUCUCGGAAUACGCUGAGAGGACCAGCUCUGGC